AUGCAAAGCCCAUAUCCAGUGACGCAAGUGUCUAGUGUCGAUGAUAGGUCUCUAUUGAAAGACAGUAAAAGCAAGUCCAAAACGACUGCUAAGUCAGAGGCGCCUAGACCGCAUGCCUGUCCCAUAUGCCAUAGAGCAUUUCAUAGACUGGAACAUCAGACAAGGCACAUGAGAAUACACACCGGCGAGAAGCCUCAUGCUUGUGAUUUCCCCGGAUGUGUUAAAAGAUUUAGCAGAAGUGAUGAAUUGACGAGACACAGGAGGAUUCAUACGAACUCCCAUCCUCGAGGCAAAAGAGGCAGAAAGAAGAAGAUUGUUGGCUCUCCAAUAAACAGUGCUAGCUCCAGUGCUACCAGUAUACCAGAUUUGAACACGGCAAGUUUUUCACCAUCAUUACCGCAACAACAGCUUUCGCCCUUGAUUCCCAUAGCUAUUGCACCCAAAGAAAAUACAAGUAGAUCAUCCACUAGAAAGGGUAGAAGAACAAAAUUCGAAAUUGGCGAAACUAGUGGAAAUGAUGCAUACAUGGCCUCCUCGCCUAGCGCGAUGGCUAAAAUACCCGUAUCGGUGAAAUCACCUCCUUCAUCGGCACUAAACAAUAUGAAUUAUCAAACUACAUCUACCCCCACUACUUUUUCUUCGCUGAGCAACAGUCAUAGUGGCAGCAGAUUGAAAUUGAACGCGUUAUCAUCCUUACAAAUGAUGACACCUAUUGCUAAUAGUGCUCCCAGAACUGUUUUCAUAGAUGGUCCUGAUCAAAAACAGCAGCAGCAGCAGCAGCAGCAAAACUCGCAGUCACAACGUUAUUCAAACACCGUCAUACUACCAAGGCCGCGAUCCUUGACAGAUUUUCAAGGGUUAAACAAUGUGAACGCAAGCACCAACGGAAGUUUCAGAGCACAAACUCAAAGUUCAGUACAGCUGAAGAGACCAAAUUCAGUAUUAAGCCUGAAUGAUUUGUUGAUUGGUCAGAGGAAUUCUAAUGAAUCAGAUUCUGACUUUACUACCGGUGGUGAAGACGAGGAAGAUGGGUUAAAAGAUCCGUCCAACUCCAGUAUCGAUAAUCUUGACCAAGACUACUUACAGGAGCAGUCAAGAAAGAAAUCGAAGACAUCCACACCGACAGCAAUGCGAAGUAGAUCCGCAAGUGGUACGAAUCUGCAUACUCUGGGAUAUGUAAUGAACCAAAAUCAUUUGCAUUCCUCAUCAUCAUCACCUGACUUCCAGAAAGAAUUGAACAACAGGUUGCUAAACGUUCAACAACAGCAACAGGAACAGCAUACAUUGCUGCAAUUGCAAAACAAAAAUCAAAAUCAAAACAAAAACCAGAGUCAAAUGAUGUAUUCUAAUAGUUCGCUAAGUACAACACCGUUACUAUUGUCACCAAGGAUGAACAUUGCUAAUACUUCAAUAACAAUCCAACAAACCCCGAUUUCUCAACCGGAUUCACAAGCUCAAGAAUCGGAAACGCUACCGCCCAUACGAAGUUUACCAUUACCCUUCCCACACGCGGACUGA